UCGACUUGAAGUGCCGAUCCCUCGUGUCCCUGGCGAUUUCUCUCUCACUGUGAGGAAGACAUGUCGAGGGAUCCUGUGGGGAUAUAAGCUUCCUGCUGGAGCCGCCGCAUUCCCACGCGCGUCAUGCAAAACGUUUAGCGGUAAACGGCUGGGCAUGGAUCUCCUGUUGUUGGAUAUUUUACUGUGACAAUCCAGCAUUUCAAGCCCACACCCCCUGCUGCCUGUCCCCCCCUCCCUCCUCUUCAUCAGCUAUUGCUUGGGUAAAAGUGAAAAUCCCCGUUAGCCCCACCGGAGACUACGUGCCCUGAAACAUACUUGCGAGGCUGAGCAUGCAUCCCAAUGAUUCGGCUGAAAACUCGAUUGCCGCAGACACCGUUAUGAGGGGCGACGCAGGGGACACUGGGGCGAUACCGCCUGGGAGGACUUCAGAAAUCCCGACUGAGGAUCGCGAGGCUGAAAUGGGCACCGCUGAAGGAGGAGCGGGAGACCCUGCUCUCCAGACGACAGAGCCCGGAUCGCGAAAGGGCGCAGAACCUCGCCGUGCUGACGAGGGCCUGGGCGAUAGACCUUCCUUGAGCGAGGAGGACGUGCAACCAGCAAGGCCUCCAAGGAAGAAGAGGAGCAUCAAGCAGACGGCUUCUCCCUCAGGAAAGCAAGACGCUGCCGAGAACCGCCAGGAUUCGGGAUUAGGCAAGGAGAAGGAAGAAGAGGGGAAAAUCUCCGGAGACUCGGCCCAAGGAGAGCUGCACUUCAGGAGGAGGCAGAAGGAGUCGGACGAAGAGAAGGACGAGGCGAGGACGAACCAACCCCAGGAGAAGAAACCGGAUGACGGACGGAGUAAGAAGGAAAAUAAGAAGAAAGGGCAGGAAGGCCCCAAGAAAGACCUCUGCCUCUCGAGCGACGACUCCUGCGUCCGCCUAAAGAAGGAGCUCGGCCUCCUGGAUUCCGUCGGCCUAAUCAUGGGCAACAUCAUCGGCUCGGGCAUAUUCAUGUCACCCCGAGGCGUGCUGGAAUACUCGGGCAGCGUGGGCAUGUCGCUCGUCAUCUGGGUGGCGUCGGGCUUCGUGUCCAUGGUGGGGGCGCUGUGCUACGCAGAGAUGGGUACGAUGAUUCCCCAAAGUGGUUCUCACUACACGUAUCUACAGGAAGCCUUCGGUCCUCUGCCGGCGUUCCUGUACGUGUGGCUGGUGGUCACGAUCCAGUUCCCUUGCAGCAGAGCCAUCGUGUCCCUUACGUUCGCCAAUUAUAUCGUGCAGCCGUUCUUCCCGGGAUGCGCAGAGACACCAGAGGCCGCCAGGAAACUCAUUGCAAUGGCGAUAUUGUUGUUCCUGGGUUGGCUCAAUUCCCGGCGCGUGAAAUGGGCCACCACGGUGCAAGACGUCCUGGCACUCACCAAGGUGGACAGUUGCAACAUGAUCAUCGAGGAGAUGAAGGACCCUUAUCGGACCCUCCCCCGGGCGAUCGCCAUCUCGCUGACCUCCGUGACCCUGAUCUACGCGCUGACCAACGUCGCCUACUUCGGCGUCCUCUCCCCCGGCGAGAUCCUGGCUUCCGAGGCCGUCGCGGUUACCUUCGGGCAGCGCGCCCUCGGGGUCAUGGCCUGGACCAUCCCCAUCUUCGUGGCCUGCUCGACGGGGGGCGGCCUCAACGGCUCCAUCUUCGGCUCCUCUCGCCUGCUCUUCGUCAGCACGCGCAGGGGACACCUGCCCAAGGUCCUCGGCCUCGUCUGCGUCGAGAACUACACGCCCGUGACGUCACUGCUCUUUCUGGUGCUCAUCUCCCUCGUCCCCUUCAUCACGGCCGACAUCCGGGUCCUGAUCAACUACACCGCCUUCGCCGGGAACCUCGUGGCCGUCGGCACCAGCGCGGCCUUCCUCUGGUUCCGCUACAAGCAGCCCGACCGCCCCAGGCCCAUCAAGGUCUGGAUCGGCUUCGGGAUCCUGGAGCUCCUGAUGGCCCUGUUCCUGGUGGUAUUCCCGGCCGUGAGGGAGCCCGUGCAGAUGGCGGUGGCACUCGGCAUCGUCCUCACCGGCCUCCUCGUCUAUUACGUCACUCAGCACCGCCAGCUUGCCAGUCCCAAGCUGGAUAGCGUCAUGGAGAAAGUGACGUACGUUUGCCAGAUGCUGUUCGUGGCCGUCCAUGAGGAAAGAAGUGGCUGAGAAUUGGCAAUACUGAUAAAGGAUUUUUUUGCAUUUUUUUUUAGUAGUAGUAGUAGUUCUGAUCUGUACUUGUUUCUUCUUUUCUUUCUUGUGAUUUUUCCUUCUUUGUUUGUAUUUUGUUUGGAUUUGGAUGAUGAUUGUUUUUUUGUGUCACCUUCAGUAUCAUCAUUAUAAUCAUUAUUCUUAUCAUUGUUAUUAUUAUUAUUAAUGUAACUUUCGUUACAGUUGUUACUAUUAGUAUC